AUUAGACAAUCGUUUGCUCAGCUGUUCCAUGGCCAGAUGGUCAGGUGUAGAAUUUACAUUUGGAAUAUGUUGCUAUUAACGCUCAAUAUGAAGUCCAAAGAGCUGGUACUGGCAGUGAAGCAGCCAUGAUUAGGCUGAAAAAUCAAGACAAACCCAUCAGAGAUGGCAAAAAUGUUAGAUGUGGCCAAAUCAACCACUUGGUACAUUCUUAAAAAGCAAGAACACAUUGCGAGUUCAACACCCUCCAUUGAGUAGGCAUAUCUGUGUCAAAGUCAACAAUCAAUAGAAAACUUCACCAGAGUAAAUAGAUCUUUGAAAAGAUCGGUUUAAGAUCUUAAAAAAAAAAAAUUCGGUACAGGUUUGGAACAAUAUCCUAUGGCCAGAUGAGAAAGGUCAGCUUGUACCAGAAUGAUGGAUAAAUAGUAUGAAACUGGUUACCUUGUAUUUAUUGAGGUGUCUGCUGACUAAAGCCAUAGGAUGAAUUCUGACAUGCAUACGGCUAUAGAAAAGGUGCUGUAAUUCCUAUCCUGUUCACCUCAAAUUAAAGCUAAAAGUCUGCACUACUCAUUGUUUAAUCUCGACGGCUAAAAUAAAUAUACAGGUGCAUCUCAAAAAAUUUGAAUAUUGUGGAAAAGUUCGUUUUUUUCCCCUAAUUUAAUUCAAAAAGUGGAACUUACACAAAGUGCAAAAUAUACAUUUAGUCACUAAUGUCCAAAUAAUGGCACUAUAUACAUUUCAGGCAACCCUUUUGAAAAAUGUAUUCUUUAGCCCCGAUAAUGACCUUGGAACACCCGUGUACUCAUCCUGUAUAUGAACCCGGAAAAAACUUCUUGCAAACAACUGUUUCAAAAAGUCAACAAUCUUCUUAAUGUUCUUACUUCAUUAUUUCGGUAUUGGUCGACCCUGUUUGGGACACAGCCAGUGUUUUGGUGCUUAUAAGCAGGGGCAGACUCCUGGGCUUGAACCACUGAUUCAGCACAAAAUAGACAAUAGCGGCACGCAAAAGAAAAUUUUGAAGACAUAAAACUGUCAAAUAAAUUGUUUUUACAGGGUGCUUAUUGUUGUACAAGUAAUUUCGGAGACAUUUUACGGGCAGCAGUUGAUUUUGUAUUUCAUAGCUCAUAUGACCCUACACCAGUGGGCACUUUUGGGAUGGUAAUGGAGUCAGUAAUGGACAGUCAAAAAAAAUGCAUGCUAUAGACAACUAUGUACGAUUGAUCACAUCUGCAGUACCCUGCAGGAUAUCUGACUUACUGCAGUAUUAGAUACAUACAUACAGUAUGGAUACAGUACAGUGGGCUUUAUGACUUUAUGACAAAUGCAAGAUCACAAAAGUCUGAAUACAGUAAUAAAAUCAUACAGGGAAAAAAAAAAAUCUAGAAACAGAUUUUAAGACUGGCGAAUGUAGUGGUUAGCCUGCCUAGUGGGUCAUAGGACAAGUGCUAUAUUACAUAUUUACAGUAUUCAAAUCAUAUUGUGCUAAUAAUAAUUUAAUAAAAUAAAAAUAAUUAAUCAAGAACAUUUACUGAACAUUUUAUUGCAGUCUACCAGUUUGGCCAGCUUGGUCUGUGUUUUGUCAGCUUGUGAAACCGAACUGGAUUUUUCAGCAGUGCAGUAAUCCAGUAAAAAUCCAGAAAUUGAGAUUUUAACACAUGGAAAAUUGUAGUAGUUACCUAGUGGAGUCUGUGACUUACUGCAAGUGCAAUAUUGCAGAUACAUUUUACAGUAGUAAAUAUUUUUGUUUGUUUUUACAACAACAACAAAAAAAAUAAAUCAGUAAAAAUCCAGAAAUGGAGAUUUUUAAACAUUGAAGGUUGUAGUAGUGCAAUAUUACAUAAAGGAUUUAUAGCACAGAAUAGUAAUAAAUUGUUUAAUUAUCAAUUAAAUAUUGCACUUAUCACACACACUAGAUAACUACUACGAUCUUCAACAUCUUAAAACUUGUUUAAACAAUUUCUGUUGUUGUUUCUUUUAAUAUUCAUUAUUACUCUACUCAUCUUUUAAGACUAGCACUUGAAUAUACAUUGUACAUCCCUUUAUGUAACUACUGCAAUCUUCACUAUUGAAGGCAUGGAUAUUUUACUGUUUGUCUAGGGUUUUUUUUCCAUAUAUUAUUACUGUACUCAUAUUGUGACACUUUUAUAUAACACGUUAAUGAGUAAAUAAUCUCACAGUUUUGUGUCGGUACUCUAAACCUACAAUAAGUCAGAUAUGCUGCAGGGUACAGUAAACUUCUACAGACUCUUACAUAAACAACUAGGUCAUGCACUUUUGAAACGGUCCCUUACUGACGCCGUUCAUAUAAAGCGGUGGUGAUGUGCAGUUCUCAAAGAUUAGUUUUAGCAAGUAUUAACGGGACAGCUUUUUAAAUGAUAUUCAAUUAGUUUUGUGUUCACUCCAGAGUGAGAAUAUACAUGUUUUUAAUCAUUGUAUGUUCAUUUCUUGAGAAAUUAUAGACUCGAACGUGCGACAGCCAAGUCUUUAGAUCAGUUUGAAAAUUUCUGAAAAAUUAAACCUUACUGCAGUAAAAGAGACACUAUAAAUUAAAUCAAACCUCUACAGAGCCCACACAACACACUAUUUCACAUCAAGUGCAAACAAACAGCAGCGUGACCCAUCAAACACAAGCCAUACAAUAAAAUACAAAAAAAAAAAAAAAACAACAACAAAGCCAUAAAAUACAAAAGCGGGUCCUUACCUUUUAGAAGUUACAUCGUCAAAUCAUUGAAAAAUCCUUCAAUUCAGGAAAAAAAAAUUACAUUAUAAUAUGUUGCGGUACUUUAUCAUUAUUUUCUGUUUUUCACCAUUAACUCAAUUAGCACCCACCAGCUGAUUUCACAGCCCACGUGACUGCCCAUGCGUGCAAAACUUAAACCAAUAAACACAAGGCAAAUAUGAUUGACGUACAAUUAAGCAAAUCAAAGCACACAUUUCAACCAGGUCAUUAACUUGGACAAACCCCAAACAAUGUUGAAAAUCUAAAAAAAAUUUGUAAACUUAUUUUAUUUAUUUAUUUAUUUAUUUAUUUAUUUAGAGCCCUGCCCACUUCCACCCGGGAUCCUACAGCCGCUUGUACAUAUAAGCAAUUCAUUUUUUAUUUUAUUUUUUUAAUGAUAAAUGUAUCUUCAUUAAUGCUUUUAAUGAUAAAUGUAGAACUUUUAAUACCGCGGUACAACUGAACGUAAUAUUUAAAUAAUUUAAUGAAAAAAAAUAAAUAUAUAUUUAAACAAAUAAACCAUUGCGUUUCCGAGUUUCACCACGUGACUGGAAAGUAACCAAUAACAGCUUGGAACGCGCUGCCAUGGAAACUGUGUUGCAAACUAGCAGGUGUUGCUGGUUAAACUGGACGCACAGUUUACAGUACCAGGCGAGUAAACAAGCUGUAUUUUAUUUACAUUAUAAAAACAGACAGUUAUUCCAACUUCAGGAUAGACAAGACUACAAAGUUAUUUACUGAAGUUUUCUUACGUCAUGGAGUAUUGCAGACUUUUUUUUUUAAAUUCUCAUUUGCUUCAUUAACAACUUUUAACUGUAAAUGAAAAACAUAAUAUAUACAUAUUUUUCAUAAUGCAUGUAUAAUAUAUGCGUAAAAAUAAAUAAAGUUGUCAUUAAUAUUUUCACACUGCAUAGAUGGGUGUUUUGGGUGACUGAGUUGGGUAUUAUUUGCAGUUAAACAUGAAUAAAUUCAUGGCUGAUGUAGUAUAAUACUCAAAAAGAGAACAUUCUCCCAGAUUGGAGUGACCGAUAUUGUAACGCUCAAUGACUACGUUUACAUGCACGUCAAUAUUCCGAUAUUAAUCGGAAAUCGGCAGUAAUUGUAUUACUAAUUAGUAUUAUAUUCUGAUCCCCACCCCUGGAAUAUACCUGUUUUAAUCCGAAAUGUGUCGAACCUUAUUCAGAAAAUCCACUGAAAGGAGAUAUGCGCAUGCUCAGUCCGCAAGGAAUUGUGGGUACUAACAGGUAUUUACUCGGACAUACUUACGGCCAUGUAUACAGGAAUAUUCCAAUGCAUUUGCGCAUAUAAACAUCGUAUUCGGAAUAUGGCUGCAACCCGAAUAUAGACCUUGAAAUACAUCAUUCAUUCGUAUUCAGGAAACACUUUAUACUGGUCAGGGUCACGGUGGAUCCUCCUGGGAACACUGGGCGUGAGGUGGGGACACACCCAGGACGGGAUGCCAGUCCAUCACAGGACACCACACACAUACUCAAAUCACACCUAUGCGCAACUGAGCAUAGGAUGGUAGAAGAAAACCACGCAGACACAAGGAGAACAUCCGAAAGUCCGCAAACACGGUAACCCAAGUUCAGGCUCGACCCACCUCUACAGUCACAGCUGGGAGCAGUCCUAUGGCCAGAACCAGAAAAAGGACUAGCAGAUGGUCAACAUACCACGUGCAUGGCAAAGGUUUUAAUCUACAGCUAUAAACCUACAAGGUGGAUCAAGAAGCUUUAGCCAUGUCUGUAUCAGGCAGCCAAACUCCGAGGCACUCAGACAUGCAGCGUGAGUUGAAGGAACUUCUUCAUAGUAUGGAAAAAGCGCACAAAGCUGACAUCCAGACAUACAUCUCCGGUCAUCUGGGUCCGAACAUCCUCACUCAUAAUCCCCUCUACUGCAGGCCAUGUAAGCCUAUUUGGAACAAGCCCAAGCCCAAGCCAAGACACGGGCCCCUCUCACGUCCAGGAAAGGAGCAAAAUGGAAGCUAAAGUGGAAGAAGCUAAAGUGGAAGAAGCUAAAGUGGAAGAAGCUAAAGUGGAAGAAGCUAAAGUGGAAGAAGCGACUGACGCCCUGCACAGUUUCAGCAUAAAGACCAGGCUACAGCAGCUGAGGAUCGAGGAAAGGCCAGAAAGCACCAGUGGGGAAUUGCUGAGCAUAGAUCUGAGGGGAGUUCUGGACAUGACACAGCUAGCUAAGCUGAGAAAAGCAAAGCAGGAAAGAUGUGCAGUGUCUAGCAUGGUGGAACAGGACAGCUGCUUGUUCUCACUCUCACACGAAGAUGGGCUCACCUGGAGCGAUCGACUGCGCCGGAGGCAGCGCUUUGACACUCAGGUUUUGGGGACAAAAGACCUGACCACCAGGAAGUGUUUGAGUGGUAGAGAAGCAGCAAAGCAGCAUGAGCACAGGCUUCAGCAGGCACUGAGGAAACUUCCUGCCGGCGGAGGUCCCUGCAGAGAGCGCCUCGCGAUAUUUAGUGAGGUCUUUGAUGACGUGUGUGACGGCUCACCUGUAUUCGGCAGCGUCCUCCGAGAAAUCAAGACAGAGUAUGAUUUGUACAUGAAGUCACUCCUUUUCUCCCAGUCACCUCUCCAGGAUAAGUCUGCAUGUACCCCCUUCGGAGCCUCCACAGAAGCAAGAAAGCUAAAGGACGCAGCAAGGCAAGUGCUAUUACUGGAACAGGAAGCCAGGAGUUCUCUAGAGGAAAAUGACAGCAUCAGAAGAGAGUAUGAAGAUGCUCAAGCCAAAGCCCUGGUAGACCAGAAGGAAGAUGGCAGGGGAUCAGAAAGCUGUGAUACUGGUCAGCGUGAUGAGGUUGCCUUCUCAGAAGUGAAACAGUGUGAACUCUCCUCCAUCGCUCAGGUGGAGGCUAAGAGACAGCAAGUGUGGAAAGUGUGGAACGAGGUGCAGAGUCUUCAAAAAGACAUCAGAGAGACGAUGGUGUCCACUGUUACCACCAGCGCUCUUGAGAACUGCAUCAGAGACUCAGAAGAAGAAAUCUUGAACUUGGCCGCUUCGAACGUGCUUCUCCUGAAAACUAAUAAGGAUCUCGAACAAAACGUUUCGACGUUCCUGAAAGUCAGCGAGGAGACAAAGACGCGGGCUUGGGAGAAGAUACGGACCACGCUGAACGGACAUGAUUAGGACACUCCGGUCAUAAAAUUGGCCGCUUUGUGACACUGAUUUCUGUUUAAACCUCCAUGAGGGGUGAAACUGUUUUUAUAGCUCUUUAGUGACGGUCAAGGGCGGUAAGUUAAAUAAAGAGGCAACCGUCUUGCUUUGCUCUCCACAGUCUCGCUCUCACAGCACAGGAAGUGGUUUAUUACUCUGAUGUCUGCUGUUUUUCUGAGAAACGAUCGUCUUCGUCUGUAGCUGCUUUUUGUCUUUAAUUUAUUUAUUCAUUUUUCAUAUAAUUGAUUUACAUAUGAUUCAUUUACAUGUGAUUCAUAUUCAUGUGAUUCAUUUACAUGUGAUUCAUUUACUAAUUUGCUUCUCUUUAAAUCCAGUUUUAGACUGUGAUAUUCCAAAGGUCUUUCCAGAUUAUUACUUGCUACACUGUAUGAGAUCGUAGCUGCUUUUUAACUUUCCUGCUAUAUAGUAUACACACUAACUCGAAGCCUAAUUCGAUUAAAAUAUUUGGCGCAUUUAGAGGAGUCGAUCCUUCAUACAGAGUAUUUUCUCCUCAGAAAAGUAUGACCUGUCGUUACAUUGGAAUAUAUUUUUGUAACGUGCUUCUAAUUUUUUUUUUUUUUAGUUCAUAACACCUUAUCAAGUCUUCAUUCUGAAAAUAUGGUCCCAUUUUGAAACAUGUUUUUAUAUUGUAUUUAGAAUUCUAUCCAUGAUGGUAAUGAAUUUAGAAUUUAAGGACAGAGGACUUUUGGACUAAUGAGAGAGUGUGUUACAGCUGUUGUCAGUAGAAUAUAAAGUCUAUAGGUUAUCAGUCAGACACAAGGAUAGAGUAAGGCAAUUGAUAAUAUCUCUCUUCUUACACCAUGUACUUUUGGGAUCGGCUGUAUAACGGGCACGGUGACGAAGUACUCUAUGACUAGGCGCUGAGGACAUGCCUUCACGAGGAACAUUUACUGCAGCCAGCCAUUCCAAACAGGUUGCCCUUUGACCAUUUGCUGGCUCGCAGUGAUUGUGUGUUUAUGUUGUUCAUCUGUUUGACCACUAGAUGUACCCCAAGCCUUGCCAAUGUUUUCCUAGCCCAAUGACUUCAUGGUGCAUUCUGUAAUGUAGUAAAACCUUUCACACUUUCAGUUUAGAUGGUUUUGGUAUUAAGUAUUGUUCACCUUUGUUAAAAAAAAAUACAAAUAAAGCUGUCUCUCUCUCUCUCCCCCCCAAAGAUGUUGAGUCUCCAGUGCAUGAUUGUGCUUUAUCCAAAGUGAGAGAGAGAUUGACAGGAUUAGGCUCUUCAAGCUAAAGAUCAAACAAAGUGGCUUUUAUUUUAAAAGAAGAA